AUGAGCCUAUGUCGGUGCGUCAAUGCCACGGAAGCUGACUUGGCUGAACCGAAGUGGUUUUGCUCCGCGGAUGAGUGUCAACGCCAGAAAAAAGGAACCACAAAAAGGAGCAGCAAGACAUCCAAAAAGGCUUCGGGACAUACGUCGGACUCCGAUAAGACGAGUGUUAAAUCGGACCGCCAAGUUGGACCGCAUCUUUCCCGAAUCAUGCAAACGUUGCAGAAUGAGCAGAAGUCGAAAGAUGAAGAGCUACAAAUGGAACGGAUCAUGAGAGAGAAGCGCAUCGAGAUGGAUCUAGAGUUCAAGAAAAAACGUAUGGCCAUGGAGAAACAGAUGAGGGACAGAGAGAUGGAAUUGGAGAGGGAGUUGCUUGAACAAUCACUCGCACAGGAAAAGGAGCAUUUAGACCGGAUGAAACUGAUGAGACUACAGUAUCGAUCUCAAAUGGAUCAAGUCCAGCAGGAGAUAAAACAGUUGAACACAACGUCCGAAGCUGAUGAAACUCCGAAGGCAGUUGAUCGGAAUCCAGCCUUUCUGGGAGAGAGUUCUCGAGCGAAUUUCGUCAACGCGGAUGCUGCAAAUGUCUCUGUUCGAUCGAACUUGUCAAAGUUUAAGCCACUCGCCCCAAGUAAACAAGGUCAUGAAACCGACAGCGACGAUAGCGAUGAGACGUCUGACAGCGAGUCUUCAGAGGAGGAGUCUGCAGAGGAUGAAUCGGAUUCCGAAGCGGAGAAACCAAGGACGGGACCGUCCAAGGCUCAGCUGGCGGCCAGAAACGGAAUUACGAAAAGGUUACCUAUUUUCACCGGAAAGCCCGAAGAAUGGCCGUUAUUCAUCGGGGCAUUUGAAGCAUCGACGGAAGCAUGUGGUUUCAGCGAAGUCGAAAAUCUUGUCCGCUUGCAAGAGAGCUUAAAAGGGCCGGCUCUAGAAAGCGUGCGUUGCCAACUUCUGUUGUCAAAAUCCGUUCCUCGAGUCAUAAAGAAGUUGCGUCAGAUGUACGGAAGACCGGAGCAGCUGCUCCAAUGCCACUUGGAGCGGAUUCGGAAGUUGGAUUCACCGAAGGCAGAUAAGCUCGCAAGCUACGUUCCGUUUGGCAACGCCGUAAAGCAACUCUGCGAUCACCUCAAGAUGGCCGGACUAAAGGAGCAUCUAGUAAACCCUCUUCUUCUACAAGAUUUGGUAGACAAGCUACCGUCUGGUGACAAACGCGAAUGGGUUCGAUAUAAGAAGAAGAAGAAGUCUGUGACACUGUGUACGCUUUCGAAAUUCCUAUCGAAAAUCGUAGCUGAGGCGUGUGAAGCCAACGUUUCGUUAGAGAUCAAACCAGAUCCAAGGGUUUCUGUGUCGACGAAGGCCACCAAAGGGAUAUCGAAGGGAGCCGUGUUCAACCACAGUUCGUUGGAACCUUCCAAUAAAAGCGACGAUGCAAGACGGUCACAAAAGCCGUGUAUAGUGUGCCAACGCAAUGAUCAUCGUCUGAGAUACUGCGAAGACUUUAAAAAACUGCCUGCGGCCGAUCGCAUCAAGCUAGCGCAGCAAAAAAAGCUUUGCAAGGUAUGCCUCAACGACCACGGGAAUGCUGAGUGUAAAUUCAAGCUACGUUGUAAUGUUGGCGAUUGCCAACAACGCCACAAUCCGCUUCUGCAUCCCCCACAAACGACGUUAGCGAUUAAUGCGCAUGUACGAGUGAACGGUUCAAUUCUUUUCCGUAUGCUACCCGUUAUGCUGCACUGCGGACAAAAGUCUGUGAGCACUCUGGCAUUCCUCGAUGAAGGUGCUUCGGUAACACUGAUUGAGCAACAUUUGGCGGAUAAAAUUGGCGCAAGCGGCGUGAAUCUCCCAUUAACAAUCAACUGGACUUCAGAUAUUUCCAGAACUGAAAGCGACUCGAUCUGCACAAAUUUAUGGAUUUCAUCCCCUGGAAGCAACGAGAAGAAUUUGCUGAAGACGGUGCAGACGGUUCGUGAGUUGCUUCUUCCUGCACAAUCGCUUGAAUCCCCGGAAAUGGCGAAGCGAUAUGCUUUUCUGCGUGACGUGCCUUUCCUUUCCUAUCAAAGUGGGCGCCCAGGACUAUUGAUCGGGCUAAACAAUAUCCACGUCAUUGCACCUAUCGAAACCAAACUAGGUGGACCGGGAGAACCAAUCGCAGUGAAAUCAAAACUAGGCUGGACCGUGUAUGGUCCACAAACGGGAGAAACUAUAAGCGAAGCCUUUGUGGGUCAUCACGCAGUGAGCAACCAAGCAAUUCAUGAUCUCAUAAAAGUGCAUUAUGCCCUCGAAGAAUCGGCGACAGCUGUACUUCAAGAAUCGAAGGAAGAUCGAAGAGCCCGUGACAUCCUGGAACGGACGACGAAGCGCAUAGGAGACCGUUUUGAGACGGGACUUCUAUGGAGAGCUGACGAUAUAGUGUUCCCGAAUAGCUUCCCGAUGGCCCUUCGGCGUUUGGAACAUCUGGAACGACGUUUAGAAAAAACACCUGAAUUGUACGAGAUUGUAAGACAACAAGUGAUCGAAUACCAGAACAAGGGGUACGCGCAUAGAGCAACGGCUGAAGAACUGACCAAAAUGGAUCGUCGCAGGAUGUGGUAUCUGCCCUUGAACGUGGUUCUAAACCCAAAAAAGCCCGGCAAAGUUCGCCUGGUGUGGGAUGCGGCGGCACGCGUCGAUGGCGUUUCUCUAAACUCGCAGCUGCUAAAAGGACCCGACUUGCUGACUGCAUUACCGGAAAUCGUAUGCCGCUUUCGAGAGCGACCGGUUGCCUUUGGUGGAGACAUCAGAGAGAUGUACCACCAAUUGAGGAUACGCGAGGUGGAUAAAUCGGCACAGUUAUUUCUGUUCAGAGCAAACCGUACAGAUGAACCGGCCAUCUACAUAAUGGAUGUUGCCACAUUUGGCGCCACAAGUUCUCCUUGUUCUGCUCAGUUCAUAAAGAACCUGAAUGCUCUCGAAUUCUCCAACGAUUUUCCAAGUGCGGCAGAAGCAAUCAUCAAAAGCCACUAUGUUGAUGAUUAUUUCGACAGCGUGGACUACGUAGAAGAAGCUGUUCAACGAGCGAAGGACGUGGCAUACGUACAUGCAAAAGGAGGAUUCCAAAUCAGAAAUUGGGUGUCCAACUCUGAGGAAGUGCUUCGCAACCUCGGAGAACAGAAAGUCGUGACCAACGUUCGUUUGACGCAGGACAAAAACAUCGAAACCGAACGCAUCCUGGGAAUUGUAUGGAAUCCGACUGAGGACACUUUCUUGUUUUCUGCAAAUCAUCGACCGGAUCUUAAGGCGUUUCUCGAAGGCGACGAAAGACCUACAAAGCGUAUCAUCCUCAGCUGCGUGAUGGGAUUUUUUGACUCCCAAGGUAUGUUUUCUCAUUUCACGGUGCACGGUAAGCUUAUUGUGCAAAACCUAUGGCGACUGGGUUAUGAUUGGGACGAAACAGUGAACGACGAUACUUGGGCAGAUUGGAAGCGAUGGACUGCUCUUUUACCGUGCGUGGAAUCAGUGAGAAUUCCACGGGCGUAUUUCGGUAGUCUACGAUCGGACGAAAUCGAUUCCCUCGAAUUACACGUGUUCACUGACGCUAGUGAACAUGCGUAUGGAACAGUGGCGUACUUCAGAGCAACGGUAAACGGAACCUACAAGUGUGCGUUAGUCAUGUCACGGUCGAAGGUAGCACCACUAAAAAGGCAAUCAAUUCCCCGGCUGGAGCUUUUGGCUGCUGUACUGGGAGCUCGACUAUUGCGCACUGUCGAAUCAAGUCAUACACUGCCUGUUCAUCGACGAUUUCUGUGGACGGAUUCACAAACUGUGUUAAGCUGGAUUCGUUCAGAUCAAUACAAGUAUAAGCAAUUCGUUGCCUUUAGAAUCGGAGAGAUUCAUGAAUUGACCAACUUAGCGGAUUGGCGUUGGGUACCAAGUAAACACAACAUCGCAGACGUUCUGACCAAAUGGGGCCAGGGACCUCCACUCGAAUCAAACGGUCCAUGGUUCACAGGUCCACAGUUUUUGUAUCAGCCUGAAGAGAACUGGCCAAUUCAAAAACUUCCACCGGCCAAUAUCGGCGAAGAAAUGCGAGCUCAUUUGCUGUUCCACGACACAGCUAGCCAUGUGGAACCACUGAUUCACGUUCAAAUGAUGUCACGGUGGACUCACAUCGUCAGAGUGACUUCGUACGUGCUAAGGUUCGCUGCAAAUUGUCGUCGCAAGCAAAAGGGCGAACCGAUCUGGACUACGAAAGCAGUUGGGAAUCAUACGAAGUUGUUAAAAUCACAAUGGUCGCACAUCUGCUGGCCGUUACAACAAGAAGAGUUCCAGAAAGCAGAAACAGUGUUGUGGAAGCAGGCUCAACUUGCUGGUUUCCCGGACGAAGUCUGUACGAUGAAGCGAGCACAGAAAGCGAAUCUAACAUCGGCGAAAAUUGAAAGAGGCAGUCUUCUGUAUAAAUUGACUCCCGUUAUGGACGACAAUGGAGUCAUACGUGUAGGAGGCAGACUGGAAAAGGCGGAAUUCCUGCCGUUUGAUACAAAAUUUCCAAUCAUCCUUCCUAAAGAUGACGUCAUCACAAGCAGAUUGGUUCAACAUUAUCAUGAGCGAUUCGGGCACGCAAACCGCGAAACAGUGUUUAACGAGAUGAGACAACGUUUCUACGUUCCAAAACUGCGCUCCGUUAUUCUGAAAGUGAUGAACAACUGCAUUUGGUGUCGGGUCUACCGAUGCUCCCCCAAAAUUCCGAAGGAGGCACCACUACCUGUUCCACGCGUGACCGCCCACCUGAGACCAUUCAGCUCAGUUGGAGUAGACUAUCUUGGGCCAAUAGAGGUAACAGUUGGGCGAAGGAAGGAGAAAAGAUAUGUUGCUUUAUUCACUUGUCUGGCAAUUAGAGCAGUUCACGUUGAGGUAGUCUACAGCUUAACGACACAGGCAUGCCUAAUGGCAAUUCGGCGUUUUUGUUGUAGAAGAGGCGUCCCAGAAGAGUUUGUAUCCGACAACGCCACGAAUUUUAAGGGUGCUAGCAAGGAGUUGGCAAAAUCCAUCAAUGACGAUUGUGCUGGUCGGGUAAUCAGUUCUAGGACUAAAUGGACCUUCAUUCCUCCCGGAACCCCACACAUGGGAGGGGCCUGGGAAAGAAUGGUCCGAUCGGUCAAAGAAGCGCUAAAAGUUUUUGAUGAUGGCAGAAAAUUGACAGACGAGAUUUUCAGUACGACCUUGGCAGAAGCUGAGGACAUGAUUAACUCUCGCCCGUUAACUUAUAUCCCUCAAGAAUCCGCAGAAAUAGAAGCAAUCUCACCGAAUCAUUUUUUGCGAGGCACAGUACGAGCCGAAGAUAUGGAGGUUGAUCAGGUCGUCGAUUUUGCUGAAACACUUCGAGAUGUCUACAAAAGAUCACAAUAUCUCGCCGAUCAACUAUGGAUUCGCUGGUCAAAGGAGUACUUGCCGUCCAUUAACCAUCGUACAAAAUGGUUCGAGGACAAGGGUUCGAUUCGCGCAGGAGAUCUAGUGUUCGUAGUAGAUGGACGCUUUCGGAAGUCCUGGACUAGAGGAAUCGUCGAAGAGGUGUUUCCGGGAUCUGAUGGACGAAUUCGGCAAGCGAGUGUGAGGACAUCUGGCGGCGUGUUCAAGCGGGCAAUCGCGAACUUGGCAGUAUUGGAGAUUAGAGACGGUAAAUCCGGAACGGCCGGGGGUUCCGCACCGGAGUUACGGCCGGGGGAAUGUGCUGGCACCACUGGCGAGGGACCACGAACCGGUAAUUAACAAGUGAAACUGGUUGACAAUUCACUUUGACGUUUCGAUGAGGUACAUCUGUCAGGAGGAUGAGAUAGCGAAAAUUGAUAGAGAUUGUCGCAAAUACGAGUUUUUCCAAAAUCUUUAUUACAUAUUUCUCUUAAUAAUAGCAUAAAAUUAAAGCUUAUAGAUUGUUUACCAGUGUUGAAUUGGAAUUGAUUUGAUUCUCGUAAGUAAAUUAAUGAUAGUGACAUGCAGAAAGGAUAAAGUUGUUAAUAAAAAAUCUUAUAUCAUUAUCUAGUGUCGCUGGGAAAUAUAGGCUUAAAUCUACUUAAAAUUAUAUAAUUCAUACUUACCCGGCAUAGUGGUUGAAUCUAAAACGAAUCUUAAAGCUAUUGCUACGAGGUAAACGAGACUACGCACCUAUUCCAUCAUCCGCUGCAUGAGGCGAUAGAACUAAACUACUUCUUGUAAGUACAUUGUAAGUCAUUUGCAACAUAAUUCUAAUAAAAUGAAUAUUAGUUUUAGCUUCUACAAAAGCUGCUGGAAAAAAUCUAGUGUUUCUGCCACCGGUCCGAACAGC